AUGAUACUGUGUGACACGAACCAAAUCAAAGGCCCCAGAUACCCCAUCUACCUGCCGGAGAAAAAGUUGGAGGAGUUGGAGACGACCGCAAAUGCACUCAUUGUUUGCGGCAAGGGCAUUUUGGCCACCGAUGAGACACCCACCACCUUGGGUGUCCGCUUCUCUUCCAUCAACCUUGAAAACACUCCUGAAAACCGUCGAAGGUAUAGAGAACUUAUCUAUGCCACCGACUGCUCUAUUAAAAAAUACAUCUCGGGCAUCAUCAUGCAUCCUGAGUCCCUCAAUGAACAGGCCUCAGAUGGGAAACCCAUGAUUGAGCUAAUCACUAAUCGACACAUCAUCCCCGGCAUCAAAGUGAACAAGGAGUUUGUAGUGCUUCCAGGCACCUUUGACGAGUGCACCACAGAGGGAUUGGACGAGUUAGCGCGACGCUGCGAGGAAUACUACCGGCGGGGAUGCCGUUUCGCUAAAUGGCGCUGUGUCUUCAAGAUAUCUGCGCCGACACCCUCGCGUCUGGCUCUCGGUGAAAUUGCCAAUGUGCUCGCCCGCUACGCAGCGGUCAGUCAAACGGCCGGUUUGGUACCAUUGAUUGAGCCAGAGGUGGUUGCCGAGGGCAACCACAACAUAACGACAGCCCAGAGAGUCUACCAAGAAGUUCUUUCUCACGUGUUCAAAGCCCUGCACGACUACCACAUUUUCCUAGAGGCCCUUCUCCUCGAGACAAACUUUGUUCGUGCUGGACAUACCAGCUGUUGUCAGACAAGCGCUGAAGACAAUGCAAGAACCACUCUUGAGGUGCUUCAGCGUACAGUCCCCCCCGCAGUUCCUGGUAUCCUAUUCCUAUCAGGGGGUCUCUCCGAGGAUGACGCAACGAUGAACCUGAAUACAAUCAACACAAUCGAAAGUAGAAAACCAUGGACUAUGACAUUCAGUUUUGGAAGAGCCAUGCACAACGCAGUUCUCUCCGCUUGGAAGGGCGUGGACGAUAACGUCCCCAACGCUCAGUGCGUCCUGAUGCGAUUGGCGAGGGUAAGAACAAAUUCCGUUCAUAGCUUAUGA